UGUUUGCAAUACUUGUAUCUUCCUGGUUGGGGAGCUUCGUGGACAGUCCGAGCUGACCAGUAAACAAUCAGAGAGGGAAGUGUACAUUUUCAGGAUAAAAUGGAGGGUGUUGUUGCCACAAAAGAGGAGUCUGCACCGAUUCGUCACCAUUCUGUCAACAUGCCUGACGACGAUGACAAGAUGUCAGUGAAAGUGUGUGUCUGCAUCUUUUCCCUUAUCUUUGGUUCGGUGCCUGUGGCCAUGAUAGUUGUUGGCAUCCUUGACUACAAUCUGUGCCCAGGACACACCAGACUCGCUAGCUACAUGAUAGCCCAGGGAGCCACCUCUGUCGUCAUCCCAAUCCUGGCAUCCUGCUGGUACUGCUGCAAGUGUAUUUCAGGAAACUUCAUAGGCGCUAUCUGUGUCAUCAUUGGAUUGUUCAAUAUCGCAUGGGGAAUUGUAGGUUCCUGUGGCUCGCCCUCGUCUCCGUGCAAUGAUACGCUUCUAUUCACCCACGCCCUCGGCUUCUCUGUGCCCAUGUGGAUCUUCUUUUGCCUGCUGUGCGUGUGGUGUGUGAGAGCCAGGUGCAAGUGCGACGAUUAAACAGGUGGCGGGUUUGGCAGUUGCUUCAGCGUGGAUGAACCAGGUUAUUCGAACAAACUUUACUGGAUGGACUGAGAUGACAUAUGCGCAGCAGGGAAGAAUCGAGUCCUGGACAAGAAUUACAUAGUUUUUCUGAACAAAUGUUUUUGUGUCAUAUGUUCAGUUGUCCCUUAGUGUUUUAAUCGAUCAUGUUGUCUGUGAUCAUUAUGUUCAGCCAAAUUGUACCUAUUCAUAAGAAAGGCAUACUUCUUCAGUCAACAAUUAUAGACGUUUUCGAACAUAUUCUGUGUCCAGAAGAAGAGGUAAAUUAUAUGCAUAUUUUAUAGACUUUCAUAGACUUAGACACUUGACUCCAUUCAUCAAAUGUAACAGUCUUAAUAUAUUUGUCAGUGGAUAUAAAUAAAUAUUUCAAUGACCA